AUGACGACCUUUCGCGUCGCUACAGACAACGGCCUGGCCGAGGGAACAUCCGGAACACCGAAAUCAAGAAUGAGUGGCGCUGGCAUGGCUGCUGCGAAUGGUGCGCAGCCAAACGGGGCCAGCUCGAUUCCUUUGAGCGCGCGCAAGGCGGCACCGCUGGACCUGGCAACCGUCGAGCGCAGAGGACAUGGUGCGCCAAACAACCUGCCGCCCAAGCAGAACCGCCUUUUCGGUCUUCGCGAAUCUCCCACAUAUCGACCCACUGCCGAGCAGUUCAAGGACCCCGUGCAGUACAUUCAAAGCAUCCGCGAGGAGGCGCAAAAGUACGGCAUCGUCAAGAUUGUACCGCCCGAUAGCUGGAAUCCGCCUUUUGCCAUCGAUACCGAGCGUUUCCACUUCCGCACACGAAGGCAGGAGCUGAACUCGGUCGAGGGUGGUACACGUGCCAAUCUGAAUUAUCUGGAUCAGCUCUCCAAAUUCCACAAACAACAUGGCCACAGUCUCACUCGCUUCCCGAGUGUGGACAAACGACCUCUGGAUCUCUACAAACUCAAAAAAGCUGUCGAGAAGAGGGGCGGCUUUGAACGUGUCUGCAAACAUAAGAAGUGGGCUGAAAUUGGACGAGACCUCGGCUACAGCGGCAAGAUCAUGUCAUCGCUGUCUACCUCGCUCAAGAACUCAUAUCAGAAAUGGCUGCACCCGUACGAGGAGUAUCUACGACUCGUGAAACCUGGGGUCCAACAGAUGCUCGAGUUUGAACAUGGCGGGCCCUUUACUCCAUCUCCGGCCCACUCGCCUAUGAAGAAAUCAUUACAGGGCACGCCUAUCGCCAACACCAGUGCCGCCGAAUCACCUGCCAUGAGGGCCUCGGCAGCGCUGAAUGCGACGCUUCAUACAGAAUCUGUUCCCACACCACCUCCUGAGCCCCCACGAUCUUCUAUGCCAUCAGGCUUCACACCAGUGAAUGCUGGAGGUUUCACAGCGGUUAACGCGCAAAAGCCCACGCAGUCGCCGACGCCAAGUUCCUUUGCUGCGGUCAAUGUUCCAAGUGGCAUGCAUCGCGAAGUGCUUGAGUCACGCACAUCGACGCCCUUGCGGAAUGCUGGUAGCCCUAUGCUGUCGACCGACAACACGCCAGAUUUGCGACCCUCUGCAGCUGCAUUCACACCGCUGUCUAACGGACAUCACUUCAACCAGCUUAAGCGGACUUUAUCUCAGGAUGCGGACAGCAGCGCUAAUGAUGAUGCUGACGAGGCCAAUGGUCGACGCAGUAAGCGUCUUAAGAAGGAUCCCGCGCCCACAGUUGCGGGCUCGCAUAUGACCCAACCUCGCCAAUCGACGCCGGGCCGAUCAUUUCCGCGCGUUCGUGCAGCUGACGAACGGCCCGGAGAUCGCUGCGAGACUUGCGGUACCGACAAUGACCCUUCGAACAUCUUGCUAUGCGACAGCUGCGACUCUGGGUAUCACGGAUACUGUUUAGAUCCACCCAUCAAAGGCAUCCCCGCACACGACUGGCAUUGCCCAAGAUGUCUCGUUGGAACGGGCGAAUUCGGAUUCGAAGAAGGUGGCAUAUACUCGCUCAAGCAAUUCCAGGAAAAAGCACAUCUGUUCAAGCAGAACCACUUUGCCAGCAAGAUGCCAUUUGACCCCAUCACUAAUGCGCCAAAGCCGGUUACCGAAGACGAUGUAGAACGCGAGUUCUGGCAUUCGGUUGCGAACGUCACUGAGACUGUCGAGGUAGAAUAUGGAGCAGACAUUCACUCUACGACCCACGGCAGUGGCUUCCCCACUAUCGAGAAGAAUCCGCGAGACCCAUACUCCACAGAUCCAUGGAAUUUAACGAUUCUUCCAUACGCCCCGGAUUCGCUGUUCCGCCACAUCAAGUCGGACAUAUCAGGUAUGACGGUGCCUUGGCUAUAUGUAGGUAUGGUGUUCUCAACUUUCUGCUGGCACGCCGAGGAUCACUACACAUACUCUGCAAAUUACCAGCACUUUGGCGCAACCAAGACUUGGUACGGAGUUCCGGCCGAAGAUACUGACAAGUUCGAGCAAGCCAUGCGUGAGGCGGUACCAGAGUUAUUUGAGAGCCAACCAGAUCUCCUGUUCCAGCUUGUGACGCUCCUAACACCCGAGCAACUACUGAAAGCCGGAGUCAAGGUUUAUGCCAUUGAUCAGCGUGCUGGCGAGUUCGUCAUUACGUUCCCUGAAGCCUAUCAUGCCGGGUUCAACCACGGCUUCAACCUCAACGAGGCAGUGAACUUUGCGCCGAGCGAUUGGGAGCCAUUUGGCGAACAUGGUGUUCAACGCCUUCAGGACUACCGACGCCAACCUUGCUUCUCUCACGAUGAACUCCUUUUGGCAGCGGCCUCGCGUAAAGACACCACAAUCAAGACUGCCAAGUGGCUCGGCCCUGCCAUGGAGCGGAUGCGAGACAGAGAGCUGCGCCUACGGUCAGACUUUCUCGACAAGCACAAAGCUGUCAAUGCCCAUAAAUGCAAAAUCGAUGGCAGCGGUGACGGCGAUGUGACUUGUGAACUUGAGUUCAUUGUUGACGAUGCUGAUAUGCAUGAAGAUGAGCUAAUGUGCGCCUUCUGCAAAUCGUAUGGUUAUCUAUCGCGUUUCUACUGCCGCAACGCGAAGAAGGUUCUCUGCCUACAACAUGCCGGAAGCUUUGAAUGCUGCCCUGAUACCUCAGAGGCUGAUCGCUACUCUGGAGCUAAAAGCCAACACAUGCUAGUAUACCGCAUGCCAGAGGACGAUCUUACUUCGUUGGCCCAGAGAAUCAUCGACAAGGCAGGAACUCCGGAAGUUUGGUUAUCCAAGAUGGACGCGAUGCUCGCCGAAGGUCCCCGACCCCAGCUAAAGACUAUGCGCGCUCUCUUGAAUGAAGGCGAGAAGAUUGACUGGGAACUUAAGGGUCUUCAGGAUCUGAAGGACUUCGUUGAAAAAUGCCAAGAAGUUGCUGAGGAAGCUAUCCUUUACACAACUCGGAAGCAACAAGCCCGCCGCAAGGCCGAGCGUCCUGGAAGGGGAAGGCCUAGCAAGUCAGCCAUUGCCGAGGCGGACGAGAAGGAGCGCGAGUACCGCAAUGUGGAGAACAUUCAGAAGCUUCUCAACCAGGCAAGAGAUCUGGGGUUCGAAAGCCCCGAGAUAACAACUCUCCGAGAACGGGCGGAAAGCAUUGUCGAUUUCCAAACUAGAGCGCGUAUUGCCCUGCGUGACAGACCAGUCGAGCAAAGCAUCACUCGACUUGAUGAACUUCUCGAAGAAGGCAAAGGCUUCAAUGUGGAUCUACCCGAGCUUGAAUCGCUUGAAAAGGUCGUUCAGCAAUUGAAAUGGCUCCAAGAAGUACAAGAAUUCAGGCUCAAGCCUACACCGACACUGGUGGAGGUUGGUGAUCUUAUCAAGAACGGUACUGAAGUUGGUAUGCCAGAGCACCAUCCCGAGCUUCAAUUCUUGCAGGAGAAGCGAAGGCAAGGUGAGUUUUGGGACAAGAAAGCCAAAGAACUCAUGGAGGUGGAGAAUGUGCACUACCAGCAACUUGAUACUUUCUCAAAGCAAGCGACAAAUCUUCCAGUACCACCGGAAACCAGGGCUGCCAUGGAUGCCAUCUUGAAGAAGCAGAGGGAUGCGCAAGAGCUCAUUAUGUCCUUGUACGAGCGAAGCAAGAACCCCGACUUCUCACAGCGACCAAAGUAUAUGGAAGUGCGCAAUGCCAUGGAGUCACUCAACGCACUCAACUGCAAGCCGAACGGCACAACUGAUCUCGAGAAGGAGCAGAAGCGACACGAAGAUUGGAUGAGGCGAGGCAAGAAGCUUUUCGGCAAAGCCAAUGCCCCUCUCCAUAUCCUGCAUGCGCACAUGAAGCAAGUGGACGAGCGCAACCGCUCCUGUUUUGACUUGUCUGACCAGCCUCGCAUGCCCGUGGAGCCCGCUUCGCGUGAACAGAGUCCGGCCGAAGGUGAAGAGGUAGAUGGUUCCGGAUCUAGUAGAGACGUGUUCUGUAUCUGCCGAAAACCCGAAGCUGGUAUGAUGAUUGAAUGCGAGUUGUGUCACGAAUGGUAUCACGGCAAGUGCUUGAAGAUUGCACGUGGCAAGGUCAAGGAAGACGACAAAUACACAUGUCCAAUCUGCGACUAUCGUGUCAAAAUACCCCGCGAUGCGACCCGCCCGAAGCUGGAGGACCUGCAACAAUGGCAAGACGAGCUCCCUGGUUUGCCAUUCCAACCCGAAGAAGAAGAGACACUGGAGUCACUCAUCGACCAUGGUACAAAGUUCCGCGACUAUGUGGCCCAGUACAUCAACCCAUUGAUGUCAAGCCCCGACGAGCUCACCACACAGCGGUUCUACCUACGUAAGCUUGAAGGUGCUGAGAUUCUGCUUUCCAACGAAAUCAACUUUUUCCGCCAAGAGCUGCACAAAUGGGCACCAGUUGCGCCAUCACCACCGCCGAUCCUACAGGUCUCCCUCUCGACGCGUAAGCCGCGACCAACGAAGCAGCAGAAGCUUAUGAAUCAACUGGGUAUCACAAAUCCGGAGGACCUCCCACAGCACCUAAGGACGAAGACGCACCAAUUUAAGCGCAAGGAAGAUGUUCCGAAAUCCUCGAGUCUACAACCGGCACCUGCUGAGCAGUCGCACACACCUCCAGGCGAGCCUCGUCAAGCUCAGGGCGACAACGACUACUUCAACACGGCUACCACGUCCACAUACACAAAUUCGCCAACCUUUGCUACAGCGCCCCUUAACUUUAGUGGCGCAUCGUCGAUUGCCCCCAUCGAUCCUGGCCUUUUCGAGACUUCUGGAGCAGGGCCAACCAGCCCUAUACAAGAUCCGUUUAAGAGCUCGGGUAGCGCACACGAGAUGUUCGGUGAAGCAAUGGAGAUGGGCGGCGGCCAGGCGGAAGAAGCCUUGGCUGUCACUGAAGGCAACAACUACGAGGAAUAG